AUAAAAAGAUGGCGUCCUCAGAUUCAAGUCAAGGACAACACUACCUAGAAUGCGAUAUUUGUAAAAGUCCCGUCAACUUCAAGUGCACAAGGUGUGCCGUUAAAUUAUGCAGCACAUGUGUAGGGCCUCACAUGCUUAUCAAAUCUAAAAAUGGUCAUGAUGUUACAGAAUAUAAUGAACAAAACAAACCCGAGGGUGGAGAAUGUUUGGCCCACCCCCAACAUCAGUGUAGUGCUUUCUGCAAAACAUGUGAUAUUCCUAUCUGUCUCUUGUGUGUAUCAAUCAAACAUAAAACACAUGAAAUAUGCGAAUUAUCAGAGAAAGUCGACGCAUUAUCAGAUUUUAUAAUGAAAGAAAAUGAACGGCUACAGUCGAUGCGAUCAGAGUUGGAGAAAAUUCUCGAGCAUAUAAGUAAAAGAUCGGCAGCACUUCCAUAUGUCUACAAACAGACAAAAGAUAACAUUUCAUCCCAUGCUAAAGAGUGGCAUCAGGAGAUUGAUAAAGCAGAGAAGACACUGCACAAAGAUCUAGAUGAAUUGCAAGAAAAGCAUUUAGAAGUAUUAUUGAAGCAAAAGAGAGAAUUUGAGGAGAUACUGAAGAAACUAAAAAGCCUGAAACAAACAGUCUUCACCUUGGCAAAAUCCAAAGAUAUCUCUGGAUUAAUGGAACUUAAGCUUGAACUUGAACAUCAGCAGGUGCCAACCUUUAUAGAAGAAAUCCGACCAGCAUUCUUUCAACCUUGCAAGUUCAAUGAAAGCUAUACAACAUCAUACUUUGGUUACAUAGAGAGUAUAGAAACACACAAAUUAACUAUUAACGAUUUGACCCAAGAAGAGAAUAUCUCAUCACGACAACCUCUAGAUGUACCCACAGUUCUGUCCGCCUUUGAUACAGAGUUUCCAGCUAGCAAAAAAAAACAACCGGCUGUUUGACAUGGUUCCCCUCGGUGAUGACAAAGUAUGGGCAGGAGGAAACAGUAAAGAGCUCAAGCUGUUUGAUCUCCAGGGAGGACUCCACGACACUGUCACCAUCACGUGUUUUGGUAUGUACCUGACCCUUCAUGAUGGACACGUGGUGUACACCGAUAUAAAUGAUAAGACCGUGAAGAAAGUAAUAAACGGUAAAGUAGAUACGUUAUUCUGUACCGGGGAGUGGGAACCUUACGGUGUCACCUGUACCGCAGCACAGGAUUUCCUGGUCUGUCUCCGGACAACAGAUCAAACAGAGUCCAAGGUCGUGAGGUACAGCAGUUCCGGUGAAGUGCUGCAGGAAAUCCAGUACGACUCCCAGUACCAGCCUCUGUUUGGAAAAACAAAUUACGUGGCGGAGAAUGGUAACGGAGACGUUUGUGUAGCUGACUGGAGUAAAAAAGCCGUCACGGUUGUUGACAAGUUCGGAAUAUUCAGAUUCUCCUACACAGGAAACAAAGCAUCCAAGGAGAAAUUUGAUAGUUCCCUUACCACAGAUAGCAUGUAUCACAUCAUCAUCACUGAUAUUAACGGCGUCAAGAUUCACAUGCUGGACAAGGACGGUCGAUUCCUGAGGUACAUCAUUCCUGAUCAGGGGAUACGGAGACCACGGGCCGUGUGUGUCGUUAGGGAGGGGGAGUUAAUGGUGGGAGAGUGUAAUACAGGAAUGAUCAAGAGGAUUAAGUACUUAGACUGAAAAGGAAGAUUGAGGAUAAAAUAUAUCC